AGUCCCGGUCUAGGGAGGUGGCCUGCUCCGGCCGGAGGGCUGGGGGAGGAGGGGACACUGUUGUCAUGGCGACGCAGGUGCGCAGACGUGCGACCCUUUUCAGCCUCGGAUCGUGCGCACACCUUAAUCCGCCCGCGUCUACCUCGCCCCAAGCUGCCUCCAUCCUCCCUGCGACCAGCGCAGAAAUAACCCUCGUUGGCAGCUGACUCUGCGCCGCCACAGCGUGGCUCCCCGGCCCCUCUCCCUCCCGCAGCCUCGUCGCCGGCAGAGGGAUUAAGCUCACCCUGAGGCACUUGGUACAACAGGCCUUCGCGAUUUGGCCACCUGGACCAGUUAGCGGAGUGGCCACAGCUGGGGUCCCGCGCGGCCGCCUCGUUUCUGGGGACUGGCACCGUAGAGAUGCCGCCGCCUGAGGGACCUGGGGGAUCCCCCCAGAGGGAUUUUUUUUAAAGGCAUCCAAUGUAGAGCCUUGUGCAUAACAUGUACUUAGAAAAUGGGGUCUGACUGGAUAAAUCAAGAUCACGACAGCUCUAUUCCGUGGACCAUCGCUAUCCAGUAGAAAUAGGCAGCGAUCCACAUACUGUGUAAUUUUACAUGUUUUAGUAAGCACAUUUAAAAAAUAAACCAGUUGAAUUAAUUUUUAUAUCUUUUAUUUACCCAAUAUAUCCAAAAUAUCAAUAUUAAGUAUAAUCCGUAUUAAGUUAAUAUUAUUAAUUGACUUAAUUAAUUGAUAUUAAAUUAUUGGUAAGCUAUCUUAAAUUCUUUUUUUUUUUUUUCCAUACAAAGCCUUCAAAAUCUGGUGCGUGUCUUACAUUCACAGCACAUCUCAGUUUGGACCAGCCACAUCUGAAGUACUCAGUGGCCCCAUUUGUCCGAUGUCUACUGUAUGAGACUACACAAACAUAACCAUUUCUUAUAGGUGUGUGUUGUUGCCAAAUACAUGAAACUCAUCAGUGUUCUUUGAAGCCCUCUUGUUACAAGGAGGCAACAAAAAACAUGAGGCAGGGGCUUUUUUUCUCAAGGAGCUGCCUGCCAGUCCAGUUGAGAAAAUAGACACUCAAAAAUUAAGUGGAAUUUUAAGUGGAUAUGAUUCAGGCAGUAGUAAAGAUGACAGUAUAUGAUUAGCUGACAAAUGAGAUGGCUGAUAAUUACCCUUAGGAAUUCUAGGGAGUGAUACUUCGGGCUCCUGCAAUAGCGGAAGACUUGGGUCUCGUCUUGGAAGAGUUGAGCGUUUGCAGAGGCUGUCGGACAGAAAAAGACUUUCCUCUCUCACUGACAGCCUCCACCAUGAUUCACAGCCUUUUCUUGAUCAACUCCUCUGGAGAUAUUUUCCUGGAGAAACACUGGAAGAGUGUGGUCAGCCGUUCUGUUUGCGAUUACUUUUUCGAGGCACAAGAGCGAGCAACUGAGGCUGAAAAUGUUCCUCCAGUUAUCUCCACCCCUCACCACUAUCUCCUAAGUGUUUACCGUCACAAGAUCUUUUUUGUGGCUGUGAUCCAGACGGAGGUGCCACCUCUGUUUGUCAUUGAGUUCCUUCACCGAGUAGUGGACACGUUUCAGGAUUAUUUUGGAGUCUGUUCAGAGCCCGUGAUAAAAGACAAUGUGGUUGUGGUUUAUGAGGUAUUGGAAGAGAUGCUUGACAACGGGUUUCCAUUGGCUACCGAGUCGAACAUCCUCAAAGAACUGAUAAAGCCGCCCACUAUCCUUCGAACGGUUGUCAACACCAUCACAGGAAGCACCAAUGUGGGUGACCAGCUUCCCACUGGGCAGCUGUCCGUGGUGCCUUGGCGACGGACUGGGGUGAAAUACACCAACAAUGAGGCCUAUUUUGAUGUGAUUGAAGAGAUUGAUGCCAUCAUUGAUAAAUCAGGGUCCACAGUCACUGCUGAGAUCCAGGGCGUUAUCGAUGCCUGCGUCAAGCUGACCGGAAUGCCCGACCUUACGCUUUCCUUCAUGAACCCCAGGCUGCUGGAUGAUGUCAGCUUCCACCCCUGCGUCCGCUUCAAGCGCUGGGAGUCCGAGCGCAUCCUCUCCUUCAUCCCUCCCGACGGCAACUUCCGCCUGCUCUCAUACCAUGUCAGUGCACAGAACCUGGUGGCGAUUCCAGUUUAUGUCAAACAUAACAUCAGCUUCCGGGACAGUAGUUCUCUUGGCCGCUUUGAAAUAACGGUGGGCCCUAAGCAGACUAUGGGGAAGAGCAUCGAGGGGGUGACGGUCAGCAGCCAGAUGCCCAGAGGCGUCCUGAGCAUGAACCUCACGCCGUCUCAGGGCACGCACACGUUUGACCCGGUCACCAAGAUGCUGUCUUGGGAUGUAGGAAAAAUAAACCCCCAAAAGCUCCCCAGUUUGAAGGGGACCAUGAGUCUUCAGGCUGGAGCUUCCAAACCCGAUGAGAACCCCACGAUUAACCUGCAGUUUAAGAUCCAGCAGCUGGCCAUUUCUGGACUCAAAGUGAAUCGUCUGGAUAUGUAUGGAGAGAAGUACAAACCCUUUAAGGGCAUAAAAUACAUGACCAAAGCUGGCAAGUUCCAAGUUCGAACCUGAAGGGAGAGUUCUGCAAAGGGAACAGUCGUGAACACUUUUUCAUUGCUUACUUGUCUAAAAGUAAAAACUGUCAGCGCUCUCCUAGGUCACUGCCCACUCUGGACCACCUGCUCCUGUUUUCCCAUAGCUACAGUGCCCCGGAGCUAACGCAGGGAGGCCGGGCCGCCAGGGAGGCCUGCGCAGAACCCACACACCAGCAGCACCAAGUCAGUUCUCAAAGCAGAGGCGUGCGAUGCAGGGGGAGGUACUUGAUGCCGUAUGUAACUACUUGUGACAUGGUUACCACAGGAAAAUACCAGCAUUUGUUACUCGCUUGGCUUUAAUUAUCUGAAGCUAAGGAAAGACGUCUUUAGUUUUUGUUUCUUUUUUAAUUUAUUUAUUUUAUUUUUAGUUA